AGGCCCCGAUGGCGUCCCUAGACGGGCACGGGCCAUCCCGCGUGUCCCGCGCGGAGUUCCACCCUUCGGGACGAUUCCUGGCCACCACAGUGUUUGACCACUCCUGGCGGCUUUGGGAUUUGGAGACCGCAACUGAAGUCCUGCAUCAAGAGGGACACGCAAAACCUGUGUACAGUGUCGCCUUCCAAAUUGACGGCUCCCUCGCUGUGACUGGGUGAGUGAGUCCACAUGCAUC